AUGUCGUAUAACGAUCCUUCCCAGCAUGGCUAUUAUGACCCGCAUGCAAAUGAGCAAGCCCAACACCAGCAGCAGUAUGACCAAUACCCAGCGGACGCUUAUGGGGCUCAGGGCGACUACGUUCCUGGCGCUGGAUACUACGAUCAAGCUGGUAUGCCUGUAAAUGAGGGCUACUAUGAACAACAGAUGUAUGACCCUGAACAAGGUGGGUAUUAUGAACAGCCCCGCCAACUAGGACAAGACCCAGAGAACUUCUCUGAUUUCAGCUACGGUCCACCCGGUGGCUACGAAGGUUAUCCUGCCGUCAGUGGCAUGGACCAAUACACUCCUUUACAUGCAAGCUAUAUGGGCGAUCCUCCUUCAUCCGGAACCUCUACUCCACUAUACGGCAGUGAGGCAUACGACCCAGCUGCCGUUGCUAUGGCUCUGCCUAGUGACCCUUACCCAGCCUGGACAGCCGAUUCGCAAUCUCCUCUAACUGUCGAGCAAAUUGAAGAUGUUUUCAUCGACUUAACGAAUUGUUUCGGUUUUCAGAGAGAUUCUAUGAGGAAUAUGUUUGAUCAUUUCAUGGUUUUACUAGAUUCUCGUGCAUCUCGUAUGUCACCUCAACAGGCUUUAUUAUCCCUACAUGCUGACUAUAUAGGUAGUGAUACUGCAAAUUACAAGAAAUGGUAUUUUGCUGCUCAGUUGGAUAUGGAUGAUGAGGUUGGUUUCCGUAAUAUGAAAUUAGGAAAAUUAUCGAGGAAAGCUCGUAAGGCCAAAAAGAAGAGCAAGAAAGCAAUGGAAGGUGCCAUUGAUACUGAUGCCACGCUAAGUCAGUUAGAAGGCGACAACUCUUUGGAGGCCGCUGAUUUCCGUUGGAAAGCAAAAAUGAACAAGCUUUCUCCCUUGGAGCGUGUUCGUCAAAUUGCCUUGUACUUAUUGAUGUGGGGUGAGGCUAAUCAAGUAAGAUUCACAUCUGAAUGUUUGUGCUUUUUGUACAAGUGCGCACUGGAUUAUUUGGAUUCUCCUUUAUGUCAACAGCGCAGAGAACCUGUACCAGAAGGUGAUUACCUAAACCGUGUUGUUUCACCUUUGUACCGUUUCUUACGAAACCAAGUUUAUGAAAUUGUUGAUGGUCGUUAUGUUAAACGUGAGCGUGAUCAUAACAAGGUUAUUGGCUACGACGAUGUGAAUCAGCUAUUUUGGUACCCAGAAGGUAUCGCUCGGAUCGUAUUUGAAGACGGAACCCGUUUGAUUGACUUGCCAUCCGAAGAACGUUAUUUACGUUUGGGUGAUGUUGUUUGGAAUGAUGUCUUCUUCAAAACUUAUAAAGAAAUCCGUACUUGGUUGCAUCUGAUCAUUAAUUUCAACCGUAUUUGGAUUGUACACGGUGCAGUUUACUGGAUGUACACGGCUUUCAAUUCUCCAUCAUUAUAUACCAAAGAUUACCAGCAAUUGAGAGACAAUCAACCAAUGCCGGCUUACCGUUGGAGUUCAUGUGCUUUGGCCGGUACUUUUGCAUGUGUCUUGCAAUUGAUUGCCACUAUUCUGGAAUGGUCGUUUGUCCCUAGAAACUGGGCAGGUGCUCAACAUUUGUCUCGUCGGUUCAUUUUCUUGUUGAUAGUUACAGCGCUGAACCUUGUUCCUGUUGCCUUCGUUUUUACAUACAGUGAUUUGGACGUGGAAUCUAAGAUUGCUCAUGCGGUUUCGAUUGUAGCCUUCUUCAUUGCAUUGGCAACCGUUAUUUUCUUUUCUAUUAUGCCUUUAGGAGGUCUAUUCACGUCGUACAUGAAGAAUUCAACCAGAAGGUACGUGGCUUCCCAAACAUUUACUGCGUCUUUUGCUCCGUUAAGAGGUUUUGAUAGAUGGAUGUCGUAUCUGCUUUGGGUUGCUGUUUUCACAGCAAAGUUUAUUGAAUCAUACUUCUUCUUGAUUUUAUCUCUCAGAGACCCUAUUAGAAUUCUUUCGACCCUAAAGAUUAGAUGUUCCGGUGAUACAUACUUUAAGAGUAUGCUCUGUAAGCAACAAAGUUACAUUGUCUUGGGUUUGAUGGUUGUUACUGAUUUCAUUUUGUUCUUUUUGGAUACUUACAUGUGGUACAUUGUAUGCAACACUGUUUUCUCUGUUGGACGUUCCUUCUACCUAGGUAUUUCCAUUUUGACCCCAUGGAGAAAUAUUUUCACUCGUUUACCAAAGAGAAUCUACUCUAAGAUCUUGGCAACUGCUGAUAUGGAGAUCAAGUAUAAGCCAAAGGUUUUAAUUUCUCAAGUUUGGAAUGCCAUUGUGAUUUCGAUGUACAGAGAGCACUUGUUGGCUAUUGACCACGUUCAGAAGUUGUUAUACCAUCAAGUUCCAUCUGAAAUUGAAGGUAAGCGUACUCUAAGGGCUCCUACUUUCUUUGUUUCUCAAGAUGAUAAUAACUUUGAUACCGAGUUUUUCCCUCGCAACUCAGAAGCGGAACGUCGUAUUUCGUUUUUUGCCCAAUCUUUGGCAACUCCGAUUCCAGAGCCUUUACCUGUUGACAACAUGCCUACCUUUACUGUUUUGACCCCUCAUUAUUCUGAAAGAAUCUUGCUUUCAUUGAGAGAAAUUAUUCGUGAGGAUGACCAAUUUUCUCGUGUCACCCUAUUGGAGUAUUUAAAACAAUUACACCCCAUUGAGUGGGAUUGUUUUGUUAAGGACACCAAAAUUUUGGCCGAAGAAACCGCUGCUUUUGAAGGUGAAGCCGAUCCUGAAAAAGAUGACGAUCUGAAAGCUCAAAUUGAUGACUUACCAUUUUACUGUAUUGGUUUCAAAUCUGCUGCACCCGAAUAUACCUUGCGUACUCGUAUUUGGGCUUCUUUAAGAUCCCAAACGUUAUACCGUACUGUUUCUGGUAUGAUGAAUUAUGCUCGUGCAAUUAAGUUAUUGUAUCGUGUUGAGAAUCCAGAAAUUGUUCAGAUGUUUGGUGGAAAUGCUGAAGGUUUGGAAAGAGAGCUAGAAAGAAUGUCAAGAAGGAAGUUUAAGUUUUUGGUUUCUAUGCAAAGAUUGGCUAAAUUCGAACCUCAUGAAAUGGAAAAUACUGAAUUUUUGUUGCGUGCAUACCCCGAUUUGCAAAUUGCGUACUUGGAUGAAGAACCUCCUCUACAUGAAGGCGAAGAACCAAGAAUUUAUUCUGCUUUGAUCGACGGUCACUGUGAAUUGAUGGAGAACGGCCGUAGAAGACCUAAGUUCCGUGUUCAAUUGUCUGGUAAUCCAAUCUUGGGUGACGGUAAGUCUGACAACCAGAACCAUGCUUUGAUCUUUUACAGAGGUGAAUACAUUCAAUUAGUUGACGCAAAUCAAGACAAUUAUUUGGAAGAGUGUUUAAAGAUUCGGUCCGUUUUAGCUGAAUUUGAAGAAUUGAACGUUGAGCAAGUAAAUCCAUAUGCUCCCGGUCUGAAAUAUGAGGACCAGGAAAACAACCAUCCAGUUGCUAUUGUUGGUGCUCGUGAAUAUAUCUUCUCAGAGAAUUCUGGUGUGUUGGGUGACACUGCUGCAGGUAAAGAACAAACAUUUGGUACCUUAUUCUCACGUACCCUAGCUCAAAUUGGUGGUAAAUUACAUUAUGGUCAUCCGGAUUUCAUCAAUGCUAUCUAUAUGACAACCAGAUGCGGUUUAUCUAAGGCUCAAAAGGGUUUGCAUUUGAAUGAGGAUAUUUACGCUGGUAUGAACGCCAUCCUUCGUGGUGGUAGAAUUAAGCACUCUGAAUAUUACCAGUGUGGUAAAGGUAGAGAUCUAGGUUUCGGAACUAUUUUGAACUUUACUACUAAGAUUGGUGCUGGUAUGGGUGAACAAUUAUUAUCUCGUGAAUACUAUUACCUAGGUACUCAAUUACCGAUUGAUAGGUUCCUCUCUUUCUAUUAUGCGCACCCUGGUUUCCACUUAAACAACUUAUUUAUCCAGUUAUCUUUGCAAAUGUUUAUCUUGACCUUGGUUAACAUGAACGCUUUAGCCCACGAGUCAAUUAUCUGUCAAUACCAAAAACACGUUCCAAUUUCUGACCCAUUAAUUCCUACCGGUUGUUCAAACUUGGUUCCUGUUAUUGACUGGGUUAGGCGUUAUACUCUAUCCAUUUUCAUCGUGUUCUUUAUUUCCUUUAUCCCUAUCGUUGUUCAGGAAUUAAUCGAACGUGGUGUUUGGAAAGCAGUUCAGAGAUUUGUUCGUCAUUUGUCGUCUCUGUCACCAAUGUUUGAAGUGUUUGCUGGUCAGAUUUAUGCCGCUUCUUUGGUUAGCGAUAUGACCAUCGGCGGAGCUCGUUAUAUCUCAACUGGUCGUGGUUUCGCUACCUCUCGUAUUCCGUUCUCUAUUUUGUACUCAAGGUUCGCUGGUUCGGCUAUUUAUAUGGGGGCUAGGUCAAUGUUAAUGUUGUUUUUUGCCACUGUAUCAUUCUGGCAACCUGCCUUGUUGUGGUUCUGGGCGUCCAUGGCUGCAAUGAUGUUCUCUCCAUUUAUUUUUAACCCUCACCAAUUUUCUUGGCAAGAUUUCUUCUUAGAUUACAGAGAUUUUAUUAGAUGGUUAUCUAGAGGUAAUGCCAAAUUCCACAAGAACUCUUGGAUUGGUUACGUUCGGAUGUCCAGAUCUCGUAUUACAGGUUACAAGAGAAAAUUGAUUGGUGAUGCAUCAGAAAAAGCAAGUGGCGACUCUGUUAGAGCUCAUAGGACAAACGUUUUGAUGGCAGAUUUGCUUCCAACUACUGUUUAUGCUGCUGGUUGUUUCUGUGCUUAUAUGUUUAUAAACGCCCAAACAGGUGUUACUGAUGCACAACCCGAUGAAGUCAAUGCUGUUCUACGUCUUCUGAUUUGUACUGCUGCUCCAAUUGUUAUAAACAUGGGUGCUUUAGCUGUAGUAAUGGCUCUAUCAUGCUGUGCUGGUCCACUUCUAAGUGUUUGCUGUAAGAAUACCGGAUCUGUUAUGGCUGCAGUUGCUCACGGUAUUUCUGUUGUUGUGCAUCUAGUAUUCUUUAUAGUUAUGUGGGUAUUGGAAGGUAUGAAUUUUGCGAAGAUGUUAAUUGGUUUGGUCACUAUGAUUCAGUUAGAAAGGGUUAUUUUACAAGUUCUAACAUUAUCCUUCUUAACUCGUGAGUUUAAGAACGACCAUGCAAAUUCUGCAUUCUGGUCCGGUAAGUGGUACAAAACAGGCCUUGGUUACAUGGCAUGGACUCAACCGGCCAGAGAAUUUGUUGUAAAGACUAUAGAAAUGUCUGAAUUUGCAGCUGACUUCACUUUGGGUCAUAUUUUACUACUACUGCAAUUCCCAAUCUUGUGUAUUCCAUCCAUUGACAAAUUCCAUUCUAUGAUGUUGUUCUGGUUGAAGCCAUCCCGCCAAAUACGUCCACCUAUAUAUUCAUUGAAACAAGCUAGGUUGCGUAAGCGGAUGGUAAGAAAAUACAGUUGUUUGUACUUAUUGGUUUUAGUGUUCUUUGUUGCUAUAAUCGCAGGUCCAGCUGUUGGGAAGAAACAAAUAUUGGAUAACUUGGCACCCAAAUUUAACGAAGACAACAUGUUGAAGGGUGUUAUGCAACCAAUUAACAGGAAUAACAAUGACACGGGUGACCAUCUACCAACCACCUUAGAAAACCAGUUUUUUACUGCAACACCCCCUCCUGUUUCGAUUAGGACCAAAAGUUGA